AAUAAAUGCGGGCACGACGAUGAUGAGGCAUAAAAAGCAAGCCAGCACCCCAAAAGCCUCCCUUCUUUAAUUUGCACCCUCCCCAAAUCUCCUCCUCCUCCUCCGUCGCUGCCUCCUCCCUCCCUCCGUCCCCAUCUCCUCGCCCGUCCAUGAGGAUCAGGAGGAGGCCGCAGCAGCCCUCCCCCUACACCGCCGCCCUGCUGCACCACCAGCAGCAGUACCGCUCAGAUCCGUCCACAUCCACGCACCAGACCCCGCGGAAUGCGGAGGAGCGCGGCCAGGGACGCGGGGGCGACGAGGAGGAGGAGGAGGGGCGGGCCAGGCCGCCGCAUCCGCAUGCCAAUGCGGAUCUCGGCCGCAAGCCCGCCGCCGCCAGGCGCCUGGCAUUGCCGCAGGACAAUGCAGUCGAGGGCCAGGGCGCGGCGGCGGAGCAUGGAGCUGACGGCGCUCACAGCAGCAGCAAUGGCCAUGGCGGCGUCGCCGGCUGGAAGCCGGACGUGGCAUGCACGGGCGCCGGCGAGCGGGCGGUGAAGGUGGAAGAUCCGGUCGCGAAUGGCGUGGCGGCGUUGUCGGACGUCAAGGAGGAGAAGAAUGGCAGCGGCGGCGCGGCUGGCGGGGCCAAGAAGCGGCGCGGCCCGGCGGUGCUGAUGGAGGGGUCGCGGUGCAGCCGCGUGAACGGGCGCGGAUGGCGCUGCAGCCAGCCGACGCUGGUCGGCUACUCCCUCUGCGAGCACCACCUGGGCAAGGGCCGGAUGCGCAGUGCGGCGGCGGCCGCCGCAGCCGGCGUCGGUGGCGGCGGGCGCGGAGGCCCCGGCCAGCUCGGCCGCACCGAGCACCGGGCCAGGAUGCCCGUCGGUGUCGCGGUGACCACCGCGGCGGCCAAGGCGGAGGAGCCGGGCCUGCGGCCCUACUAGGCGGUGGGCGACGUGAAUUGCUGCUGCGUUUUGUGUGGAUAUCAAUGUCGGCGGUGGCAUGCAGGUGGCACAUGGACAUGGGAGCAGCCAGCGGCGAUCUUGGCCUGUGAUUAGUGGUUUGUGCACCUGCGCCAAAAUUCGACCGGGAAUGCCCGUGUAAUUGUGGCAGCGGCUGCCAUCAUCAGCCAUGCAACACUGCGACUGUGCAAGUGCAGGCGCCGCUUGUAAGAAGAACAGUGUCCUCUCGUGUAGAUCGUUCGUUCGUUCCUGUGGUUGGUGCAACUUUGAGGGGUAAAGCACAUACAUUUUGUUCAGAGGAAA